CCUAUCUUUGGUGUGAGGACGUUAUUAAUACCCUCAUCAUCUUCUUGCUCUCCCCCUUCUAUAUUGCUGCCACUAUAUAUAUAGCUGGCCACCAUUUUUUUUCUUUCUUUAUGAUUUCAUUUAACCAAAUCUUCCCUGCCUAAAACUACCCAUCAAUUGCACUAGAUAGUAUACUAGUACCUUUUAUAAUGAUUACCUUUUGCAAGAAAAGUGUACACAACUUCUUAGGCUCUUCAAACACCAAUGACAAUGGAACAGUAGACCUACCAUCCUUCUUGCACCACCACCACCAAAAUACUACCUCCGACGGCCAGCAACCGCCUGAUGCCAUCGAGAAAACACCACAUUUCUCCAAUCUUUUUGGUACUAGUACAACUUUGGCAACAAGAACCAAGAGGGAUCCUGGUGGAAUGGGUUUUGUUGGAGGGAGUGUAGAUGGAUUGAUGUCUUGUACAGAGAGUCUAGGAUUCGAGAGCUCAGAUGAGAGAAGGGUUGAUGAUCAAAUUGAGAAUUUAGAUGUCAUUGAGGAGUUGUGUUCGAGAAGAGAAUCAAUGGCUGGAUCAAGAUGGAAAAGAGAACAUGUAAAAAGAGAGGCAAGGCAGUUUCCACCGCCAUUAUCUUCCUUGAAUCAAGAUGGUAAGCCAACUUUCUUCCUUCGCCCCGUGAGGAAAGACGGCAAGUUAGAGCUUCAAGAAGUGAAAAUAGGCCGGCAGGAGAUUUUGCGUGCUUCUCGGGAAGAUGGAAGGCUUAGACUACAUCUCAUCAAGAAUGAAGAUGAAGAUUUUGAAGAAGAAGAAGAAGAAGAGGAGGAGGAGGAGGAAGAGGAGGAGGAGGUGGAGGAAAGAGCAGUACAAGAAGAAGAAAACAUGCAAGAAUUUCAAGAAAAUGUUCAAGAAAUGGAGGAAGGACAGAUUGGGGAAGAGGAAGUGAAAGAGAUGGUGGAAGAAAGGGCUGAAGGGUGGCAAAUUCCGGCGAACCCGGGUGGUGGUGGGGAGGGUUUUCUAAGAUGUCAUGAGCAAGUGAGCCACCAUCAAAACCACCACCACCACCACCAUGGACGCCAUGGCCACCAUCAUGACUUGAAUGUCUGGAGGCAACAUUGUCUGACAAUCAGGUGAAGAAAUGCAGUGAGAAUGUGGACCACAUCAAAAAUGGAAAAAAAAAAAAAAGAAAAAGAAGAAGAAGACAAGCCAUGCAUGUCCAAAUCUGUUCAGAAAUCAGAACUUCAGACUCUAUUUUCUGCUAAGUUCUAUCAGAAAUUCAGAAGAAUCAGAACCCAAAAAGAAGAAUGUUUGGUGACAUGCAUUUUGGUUUUGGAGCCCAAGUCAUGUAUUGAUUGGGGUGUUGUGCAGUUCCACUCUCUGAUUGAGGUCUGGGAAAUGAUAGCAAUGGCCUAAUCAA